AUGACUAUCAGCAACAAGAAAGAACCUGAACGAUCAUACAAACUUAAACCUGACUCAAAGUUAAUGGAAAAAAGCAGUGCUGAAAAAGACAUAGGCGUGGUAAUAGAUGAUAAGUUAUCAUUCAGCCAACACCUCGUGGAAAAGGUUAACAAAGCAAAUUCAGUGCUUGGAGCUAUGCGGCGGUCCUUUGAAUACCUAGAUCUACAAACUUUUAAGAAACUGUAUACAGCCUUAGUCCGCCCGCAUGUUGAAUAUGCACACCCUAUCUGGAGCCCUUACAAGAAAAAGGACAUUUUAAUGGUUGAAAACCUGCAGAAACGAGCAACUAAAAUGAUCCCUGGAUUAUCUCACCUCAACUAUGAAGAACGACUCCGCAAACUCAAAUUACCGACACUAAGCUAUAGAAGAGCAAGAGGGGAUAUGAUAGAAGUGUACAAGUUGCUUAACAAAAAAUACUAUUUCAACGAAAAGGAACUUUUAACACUGAAUGAACAUUGUACCACCAGAGGAAAUUCCAUGAAAUUGUAUAAAUCUAGACCCCGCUUAGACAUCCGAAAGUAUUCAUUCAGUCAUCGUGUGGUGGAUAUGUGGAACUCGCUGCCAGAUAAUGUGAUAAGUGCAGGGACACUAAUAACCUUUGAAUCGAGGCUGGAUAAAUAUUGGCAAAACCAAGAAAUUUUAUAUAACUUUGAGGCAAAAAUAACUACCGGACAAGAUAUAAAUUGCCGAGAGCUGGUGUCAGAGGAAUUACACCUUCUACCAGAAAUCAACUAA